AUGGGCGACACCUCGUACCAGAAGUUGCUUACUGCAAAUGAGACUAAACUCGGUCGAGGGCUCGUUUCAAGUUCUUUGGAACUCAUGAGCCUGUCCAACACGACUUCUUAUGAACCUGACGGUUUCUCUGCGCUUACGCCAGAUGUUGGUUCGAAAUGGACUUUCAAACCGAGAAGAAUGUCUACAGCGCUCGGCCCCAACCUGGCAACAUGGACGCAACAAGCACUUCGCAGCUUCCGACUGCUUCUCCCUAUGGCCGUUGGACCCUGGAAGAAGAAGGAACAGCCCAAGAUCGCGCUAUGCACUGGAUUGGUGCCCGUCUUGACCGGACUUCUGGUCCACGUAUUGCCCCUGGCCACAUGUAUCGCUCUGAUCUAUCUGAACGUGACGUCCUACUUCAUAGGCACUCAUGUCUCCACAUUGACUUUCCAGUUCUUGGCAAAGUUUCUCGAGUUACUUGUCCAGGCUUCUUUGGGAAGUGCUGUUUUUGUUUAUCUUCGCGCUCUCUUCACUGGUCCAGAUUCGGUUCCCUUUGGGGCACUAUUCGCUGGAUUGCAGAUAACAAGUAUCAGUUACCUAUGGUCCCUAGAAUUCGCUGGCGUGGUCACAUCCAGGGAGUUCAAACGAGUUAGAAAGCUCUCAUUCCUUCUUUUGAUAGCUUUCAGUGUUGUCUUAGCUGCGGGUAUUGGGCCAUCGAUCGCUAUUGCUUUGACGCUAGGAGGCUUUCAUAAUGGUUGGGCCGUAGCAUGGCUCAACGUCACAGAGGACCAGAUCUUUCCCUCAACCCUUAGUCCAAAGGGAUCCGUCCACAAUAUUUCAUGGACUUGUAUAGAAGCCGAUUGUCUAGAUUAUGGAUGGGAAGCUGCCCUGACCAUAGCCCAGUCGGCGUUUGUGUCCACGGUUGUGCACAACAUACAACAGGGCACCCUCGGUCUGACGCGCGAUUUUCUGCCAUACAGAGAGAUCCGAUGGAAUACCAGCGAUGGACUGGCCGACUCGUCCUUUAUAAGCAGUGUGUUUUCCUUGUCUGCGACUGUUACACUUCCGAGUAAGAUUGUUGCCUGGUCUCUGAAUCAUUUGGCUGAACAAUCAUACUCUAUAAAGCUUUGGCCCACAGGCAACCAGAAUUUCACUACAACGAGUCGCCAACCAAUUGUUACAGCAAGCUGUGGAGAAGCAGUCUGGUUGGACUCGACGACUUUGCAUACAACCUUCCGGAACAACUCGGAUCAAUACAUCCUUCAAUCUGAUUCUCUGGGCAACUUAACCGGCCUUGACCACCUCCAAUUUAUGUUUCUCGACCAUGAUCAGUUAGUCAAUCAAGGGCCCUCAAAACUCAACCCAUCAGUCUGGGUACUGUCUCGCUAUUAUAACGGGGACUCAUUCAUAUGGGGGAUCUGCGCUGUAUAUGCAGGCUAUGCCCACGCUCACACUACGGUGUCAAGUAACAAGGAGACAAUUCGUGAUAUCAACAAGGUCGUCACCAGUCAAACAGACCACGUAUCUGCUUCGAACAUUGCCGUUCCAGCGACAUGGUUAAAACGGACCAUGCCAGAUAUGGAAACUCUUCUGACGGCCGGUGAGGGUAUGGACGGGGUAGAUAUGGCCACAUUCUUUGCAACAUUCACAGCUAUUACGAUGGCUCAAUGGCCAGAUUGGGUCCUACAUACCCCGGAUAAUUGGUUUGCCUUUAGUGGUGGCGAUAUAAUUAUCGGCAACCCCAGAAUCAACAACAGCGGAUACGCUAAUCCUUCGCUUCGAUGGCUUGACCCCUCAACAGGAGAUCAUGUUUUCUAUCCUGAUUCGGAACAUGCAGAUACUCAGGGCAAGUACAAAUUGGAAAUGGAUGUCAGCACUCGUGGUUAUGGCUAUCAUAUCGACCAACCGACCAAAAUUAUUGCGAUAGCCGUGCUUGCCGCAUAUUGCCUUUUUAUCGCAACCUUCAUUGUUCUCACACUGACGCUCAACCAAGUCCAUUCUAAUGCGUGGGAUUCCAUUGGCGAACUCACUGCCUUGGCAAUCAUGUCGCAGCCAGACGACAAAUUGCGAAAUACCAGCGCUGGGAUUGAGACUGUAGCUCUCUUCAAACUCCCAAUGAACAUCAGAGCAAAUGACAACAACCAUCUGGAGAUUGUCUUCAAGGAUGAUGAAAGGGCCUACAAUUCUGGGGUAGUGGAGAAGAACAAGAAGUACGAAUAA